CCUUGCCCGACGCUCCCCGAAAACAUCCACCGCUCCCGCUUAGGGACGGCGAUCUCCGCGGGCCUGGGGAGGCGGCAUCCCCCUUCCCCGAGAGAAGCGGUGCGUGCGGUUGGGAUUCACAGGUGCCUCGGGAAGCGGCUGUGCCGUCACCGGCUGGUGGCGGUGUCCGUGCGCGCACAGCAGUUCACGGAAGAAAAGCUUGGUCAGGCAGAGAAGACUGAACUGGAUGCUCACCUGGAGAACCUUCUCAGCAAAGCAGAAUGCACUAAAUUGUGGACAGAAAAAAUAAUGAAACAAACAGAAGUAUUAUUGCAGCCAAAUCCAAAUGCCAGAAUAGAAGAAUUUGUCUAUGAGAAGCUGGAUCGCAAAGCACCAAGUCGCAUGAAUAAUCCAGAGUUACUAGGCCAGUAUAUGAUUGAUGCUGGGAAUGAAUUUGGCCCAGGAACAGCCUACGGAAAUGCACUCAUUAAAUGUGGAGAAACACAAAAGCGAAUUGGGACAGCAGACAGGGAACUAAUUCAAACUUCUGCUAUAAACUUUCUCACUCCCCUAAGAAACUUUAUUGAAGGGGACUACAAAACUAUCACUAAAGAACGUAAACUCUUACAAAAUAAGAGACUGGAUUUGGAUGCUGCAAAAACCAGACUGAAGAAGGCAAAAGUUGCAGAAGCUCGAGCUGCAAUAUGGGCUGAGGAAGUGACAAAAUCUGAACAGGAAGUACGAAUUACUCAGAGUGAAUUUGACCGUCAAGCAGAGAUAACCAGACUUCUGCUGGAAGGAAUCAGCAGCACACAUGCACAUCAUCUCCGCUGUCUGAAUGACUUUGUUGAAGCUCAGAUGACCUAUUAUGCACAAUGUUACCAAUAUAUGUUGGAUCUCCAGAAACAGCUUGGAAGCUUUCCAUCUACUUUCCUCUCUAACAACAAUCAGUCCUCCACAACUCCUGUGCAGAGUCUUUCUACUCCCUCAGUCUUGGCCUCAGCCUCUGCUUCAUUGCCUUCAGUAAGCAACUCAGUCGUUACUUCAGGCAUCAGUGAACUGAAGUCGUCAAGUGGCAGCAGGAAAGCAAGAGUUCUCUAUGAUUAUGAUGCUGCAAACAGCAGUGAAUUAUCGCUACUUGCAGAUGAGGUGAUAACAGUGUACAGUAUCCCUGGCAUGGAUUCAGACUGGCUGAUGGGUGAAAGGGGAAAUCAGAAAGGCAAAGUGCCUAUUACUUAUUUAGAACUGCUAAACUAAAUGGUUGGCCUGAAUAGAGACUGUCAAUUAUGGCAACACCAUAUUUAUAUACAAUUAACGUUAUGUAAGCAGGUUUAUGUGUCUUCCAUGUUAUUGUCUUGAGGGACAAAUACCAGCCAUUAAAAACUGGCUUUUCUGCCAGCAUGGUUGCAUGGUCAAUACUCUAUUCAAACUUAAUGUGUUUAAAGCUUUUACUUCAUGUGCCAAGAACGUUUCCUACAGAUUUGUUUCUACUGAAGUUUUCACUAAUACAAGCUUUUACUUUUGAGUAAUCUAGAUUGAAAGCAGGAGGUACUGUUUUCUACUGAAAUUUUUCAUUAAUGGCAAAGCUUUUCUUCACAUAAAAUAAACUUAUUGUGAACUGA